AUGAGACACGUGGAGCAGGAGCUGUUUAGAAAACAUGCAAAACGUCUGGAAGUGGACCAGCAAUGGAACAUCUAUGAUCUUAUCGACAGCUUUAAUUCUUCGCUUCUUUAUGUACAUUUUAGUUUGGAAUGGAACACGCUGGUCACGGAGGUGCAUCUCGAGAAAGCGCUGCGUAUGCUCGGUGAUUCUCGAUUCGAAGCAGCAGCGUUGUCUGAUUACGAGGUUGCUGCUCUGUUAGCUGCUACGGGUCGCCGCUGCCAAAUGCUUUCCGGAAAGCAAAGAAACACUUUCACCGCUAGGAUGCUUCAAAUUUUUAAUGCCAGAGGUGUUCGAUUGGGAUUGGCCGCCCGGAAUGCUCUACUUGGUGCCCAAAUAGACAAUAACAUUGAUGUGGAUAUUAUUGGAGUGCUGAAACAAUACGAAAUGCAUGGGCUCAUUCCUGAUGAGCAAACAUACGGCCAACUUUCACGCAUAUAU